GCCAUCAUUCGCAGACAGUCACCGUCGUAUCGCGUGUCAGUCGGUUCACUUUCGACGAGUGAAAUUACAUUUUCCCCGAAAAUUCCACAAUUUCUCCCGAUUUUACGGCUGCCGCGACGAUUGCGUGACUGCCAACGGUGACCGCAAAGUGUUCUCCAGUGUUUCCGGACGGGAAAGCCGUACAAAUAAAGUCACCUUUGACUGCGUAAGAAAGUGCUAAAAAAGAGCAAAAAAAAAGUUGAAAUUUUUACGGACUCCUCAAAAGAGAGAAAAAAAGAAAUCAUGGCUGGAAAAACGAACGAGGAACUCGAGAAACAGGCCGAGACCGCGACGGAGCAGACCAACACGGACCAGCAGCUGCAGGCGGUCGUCGAUCCGGAGUGUUUGAUCAAGCACCCGCUGCAGUUCACGUGGACGCUGUGGUACCAGGAGAUGGACCGCUCGAAGAACUGGGAGGACACGCUGAACGAGGUGACGAGCUUCUCGACGGUGGAGGACUUUUGGAGCCUGUACAACCACAUCAAGAGCCCGUCGGACAUUAAGGCCGGCUCGGACUACUCGCUGUUCAAGACGGGGGUGCGACCGAUGUGGGAGGACGAGGGCAACAAGCGGGGCGGCCGGUGGAUGCUCAACAUUAACCGCGGCCAGCGCCAGGACCUGGACAAGUAUUGGCUGGAUACGAUACUGUGCUUGAUUGGUGAAGCUUUCGAGUGUGCCGAUGAAAUCUGCGGAGCCGUCGUGAAUGUUCGUCCUAAAGGAGACAAGAUCGCAAUCUGGACGGCCAACUUCAACAACCGGGACGCGGUGCUGUCGAUCGGUCGCAUCUACAAGGAGCGGUUAGGACUGAAAUUCCCCAUCACGUACCAUCUGCACAAGGACACGAUGGUCAAGUCCGGCUCGAGCGUGAAAGCGGCCUUCACCGUGUAAAAGCCCGACACGAGUUUUUCGCACCUUCUUCUGUUGUUUUUUUUUUCUUAGCCUUCCCGCGUUAUGAACUCUUAAUUUCGCCCGGUUCUCUCUUAACAAACAAUCCCUUUCCCCACCCCCUCUUUUUUUUUUGUUGAAGUCGCGCUAGGGCAGAUCAGGACUCGUUUAAAAUUUCCCCCCUUCCGCACUCCCCUUUCCCCCCUUUUCUCAGAAAUAUUUAUAUCGAUUAUAAAAUAUAAUAAAUGAAUUUAUUGCAACACAAAAUUAACCGCCGUGAGUUCGAACCGACGAAAGCGCAUCCGGAAAGGUCCGUCACACACGGGACAGAACAUGUACUAACGAAUUGCAAGCUUAUGUUUUAAAACAGUUUGUCUCCAAACGAUCGAAAAUUGGGCGUCGAUUUGGGUGAGAGGUUAAGAAAGAGAGAGAGAGAGAGAGAGUAGAAUCGUAGAAAUGGUUUUUUUCCGUUGUGAACCUUAAUUAUGUCUUCUUUAUUCUGGUAAAUCGAAAGUAAAUCAUCCCGUCAAAUGGUGUCGAAGCAUCGUGGCGAGCGGAACGAGAGAAGGAAAGAAAAAUGAAAGUUUCGCUUGGAAUUAUAUUGCGCGAUGCAGAAUUAUUAUUGUAAUGGAUUAUCGACUAAUUUACCUAUUAUGAUGAUUAGUGUAUGAUUUUAAAAAUAUCAACAGCUAUUGAUUAAUUAUCGUACCGUGUAAAACCAUUUAUUAUACUUACUAUUUUCUAAAACAUGAA